AGUUAGGUUAGGACACGACACGCCGACAAGUGAUAAGUAAUCAGUGAAAUAGUUUGAAGUGCGAGAAAAUUAUAGAUAAUUGAAGUGAAGAAAAGCUAGCGAUUAUGUAAAGCUGUGGAAAAAUAAUCAGUGGUAAUGGGAAAAGGAAACUAAGCCUUCAAUGACUACUGAGUUCACCAGAAUUCCGAAUUCUUUUCACUGCGUUGUGGAUGAUUUUCCUCCCUGCGGCAUCAAAUCGUACCAUGAUUGUAAUUUAUUUCUGAAUCUACUUUUUUGUACGCUAUGUGUCUACUGAAUGCAACAAACGCAAAUUGCUCAUUCCGGUGCCUCAUCCUUUUAUGAGAGUGUAGCAACCCCUUAAAAUGGCUCCUGAGAGCGCCUCAUCAGCAGUCGUCAGCAAGCAACUCAAAGAAGAUGCUUUUCUCAGUCAAUUUCUUGAGAGUCAGGAUAAUGAAAAUGAAACUGCUCGAGUGUCGUUUCAGAUGCUUGCUGUUUCAGAGCAACUAGCAAAAUUAGCUCAAGGAAUCAGUUUGCUAGACAAAGAGAUAAACAAGCAGGUGUGCGAGAAACAUGAAGACCUGAUUGCUCAAGCAAUUUGGGUAGAAAAAUUAGAAUCAAUAUUAGCAAUCAUGCAGUCACAUGUUCAGUGUUUACUAGCCUCAGUCGAUCGGCUGCGCUUGAAAAUUGUCGAGCCUUUCAAUAAAAUUAAAACACAAACUGUCAUGUUGUCAAGACUGCACGAUACCUCAGACUUACUCCGACGAAUUGCUCAGAUUCAGCAGUUGACAAAAAAGUUACCAGGUCAAGAGCUGGUAAAAUCUGCAUCCUUCAUCAAUGAAAUCGUUGAAUUAAGUAAAGAUGUUGAUCUAUCUGGUCUUGGCAUAUUUGAAGCUGAUCAAAAAUUGAUCAAAUCAGAAAUAGCUAGAGUUCAAAAUCAGGCUAAGCAGCUAUUAAGUCAAGGUUUACAGCAAUAUAAUUUUCAGCAGGUUAGCACAGCAGUUGAAGUGUUACUGCAUUUGGGAACAUUUGAGAAGGAGCUGAACUUAAUCGUGGAGCAGGCUUUAAAGGAUAUUGAAAAUGGUGCUAAAAAGGCUUUGGAUAUUCAGGUGUUGACUCAGACUCCAGGCGAUGAGAAAAGUGCUAAACAGAGAGGUGGACCCGGCAGAGUCACUGGUAGCACUUUUCCAGGCAGUAACAUUGCAAAUUUUCGGUCAAAAUUAUGGUCCUCCUGGGAAAAUUUUUUAAAUACGGUUGUCUUUUCUUUUUGUGCUCAGAUGGCUGUGCUUCAAGCAGUAUUAACAAAGUACCUUUCAAUUUCAAUUGUAUCUGUAUCAUCUACAUCAUCAGUGGAAAAUGUGUCAAAAACAGCUGCCACUUUUUGGCCCCGGGUGAAUGAGAUAAUGAAUAAACAGCUAUCCCAUGCUUCACAAGGGUCUACUUUUAUCAAACAAGCUCUCGAAGGGGAAUAUCCAAAAUUAUUGAGACUUCAUCUAGAUCUCCACAAAAAGCUGAUCAAACAAUGUCAACCGGAUAAAGAAACCAUUGAUUGUGAUGUUGCAGCAAUCUUUCCUUCUGUACAUGAUUUUGGCCACCAAUUUGAAAGCGCAUACUUGACUCACUCCGUGGCUCGGCUCCUUAACUCUGUUCAUCAAAUGUUUGCAGGCGAAUCCGUCCCUUCAACUGAAGAAGUUGAUUCCUUGAUUAGAGUCAUCACCAGUGAAAUGAGUGUAUCCUUAGUUGAUGAGGCACUAUCAUGUACAGUGGCUCGAAAUAUAGGCAAAGCUGUCAGAUUGUUUUGCUUGAAAAGUGAACAAAUGCUGUGUGCGUCUGGCGAGGCUACUCAAGUCAUUGAGCCACCUACUGCUGGACAGAAGCUGAAUGUCUCAAUAGCAAACAUAGUAUUCUAUCUUAUUUCUCAGUUGCGAAGAGUUUUGGCUAAUACGGCAACAAGUUUUCCUGAGGCAGCGUCUGCAGAAGUUGUAAAAUCUUUUGGCAAUGCUGAAAAUCUGGAGAAAAUAAUUUUGACUCCUCUUUUAGCAAGCAUAACUGAUUCCAUUGAAGCAAUAAUUCUAACCAUGCACCAAGAAGAUUAUUCAGCGGAUGAAGGGUCAACCAAUCCAUCAGCUUACAUGCGCGAAUUGCGUGAAUUUGUCGCCCGGGUAGUAUCCGGGUAUCUAGCCCCAUUCCAUAAUCAGCCAUUUAUUCUUCAAAGCUGCAAAAAUGUAGCAAUUAGAACCAUUGAUCUAUUCCUUCGACAUGUCUGUCUUGUGAGGCCUCUCGGAAGAGCUGGUCGGGCUAAACUUUCAAAUGAUUUUCUACAGAUCGAAGUUGAUAUACAACCUUUGUGUAAGCAAGUAUCAGAAUUAGGCAAGAGUUAUCGCAUCUUGAGGUAUUUGAGGCCUCUUUUAACUCAAACACCCGAAGAAAUAGUGAAAUGCCCUCUAAUAGGAGAUAUAAUUCCUUACAGUCUUGUCCUAAUGCUUCUUUUUUCACAUGCUCCUGCGAAAAUUAUGUCACCACAUCAGAGUGCAAACUGGUCUCAAGCGCGUUUGUCUCAGUGGCUAGAUUCACAUACUAAUGAACGAGAUCGACUUGAGCUGAUCAGUGGGACGCUUCAUAAGUACCAGCAGACAGUGCGACAAAGUAAUCAAACCAACUUCCAUCCAAUUUUCCCCAUUUUCAUGGCCUUAUUGGAGAAAGGUUUUAAAUCUUUAGCUUAGUGCUAUUGGUUCGAUUCCGUUGAAUUUCGACUAUUUUUCAGUUUUCUUGUUAUUGCUUGUUCCUAUGUUGUUUAUUAUAAUUAUUAUCAUAAUGAACUUCUUUCGAGUAUAUAUUUUAUCAAAAUGAAAAAAAUGCUGCAAGUUUUUCAGGAAGGCUAUUUUUAGUCAUUUUUUAAACACGUAGAUAGGGGAAACAUUUGCAAAGUAGCGGAAUUGCCAUUAGGUACAAUCAGCCCCUGAUUGUGAGCUUUGAAAGCUAACAUUGCUAAUAGACUUAUCCAAGUGUACCAACCCAAGGUGCUCUUGCUCUAUCCAUCGAAUCAAAUGAGGUGUGCAUUUUUGAGUUUUGAAAAGCUGUUUUCAUAGAGGAUGAAAUAAUUUAAAGUUCGAGUGUUUCAUCGGCUACCUCUAAAGUCACUUGUUAGAUUGCCUUCCAUCGUUUGAAUAAGCUGAAUAAGCUUGAGUCAACACUUUUAUUUUAAAUUCAUCAAAAGACAGGAAAAAUUUCAAGACAUUGUCCAAGGUUUAGUAAUAAGUUUAUUUGUCUUAUUCCAUGAAGAACAUCAUGACACAGCAUGAUAUCUUUAACUUGAUGUUUUUAUCUCAACGAAAAUUCAUUUUCGUUGAAUUUACAAAAGUCCAAAAGCCUUCUCAAUAAAAGUUUUCUACAACA